AUGCCCCCGCUUGGGGAGUUCAUCUCGGAGGAGCAAAUGGCCGCCGCGCUGGGGAACGACUUCCGGAACUCUCUCUCACCCGAGAGCCGAACUUCGUACUCCACCCUCGCCCCUGCGGAGAGGCCCUCAAAGUUCCUGAAAACCGGCGGCUGGAGCUCCUCCGACGCCUCUCGCAGGAGGGUCCUCUCCUUCGCCGCCGGCGAGGUGAAGCCGGAGGAUGAAGUGAUGGGGUUUUCUGUCUCCGUGGGUUCGGACAGCAGCUACGAGUCCGUGAAGGGGGAGAGAUCGAACUCCGGAAGGAGAUCGCCGUCUCGCUCAAAGGAUCAUUCGAUCGCCGAGCGGCGGCGGAGGGAGAAGCUCAGCCAGCGGUUCAUAGCUCUCUCCGCCAUGGUUCCCGGUCUCAAGAAGGUACUUACUUCCUCGUAUCCAUGGUUUCAUCGGACGCUCGGUUAGGACAUUCACGCCAAUGAAAGAUUAAUGGCCAUGAAAAAUCUGCUGUAAUAAUCGUCAAUACAUAUUUCCUGGUGUACGCAGUAAAAAUCGAAACUUCUGAGAUAGAGGUCGAUCGACGAUGUGGGUUUUAGAUUUGAGCUUAAGAUUUUUUCAAGGCGGGACGAGUUCCAAGCUUUAGACACAACUUCUGCUUCCCCAACAGAUGGACAAGGCUUCCGUGCUGGGGGAUGCUGUCAGCUACGUGAAGAAGCUUCAAGAGCGAGUGAAGACGCUGGAGGACCAAGCGGUCAUGAAGACGGUCGAAUCGGCGGUCCCCCCCAAGAAGUCCCAGCCGGCGGUGGACGGCAACAGAUCCUCCGACGACGGGAACUUCGACAGUCCGGCGACGGCGGGGGGCCUCCCGGAGAUCGACGCCGCCGUCUCCGAGCGGAGGGUCCUGGUGAGGAUACACUGCGAGAGGAGGAGAGGCGCCCUGCUGAAGGUUCUGGGGGAGAUGGAGAAGCUUCAGCUCUCCGUCCUCAACGCCAGCGUCAUACCCUUCGCCGGCUCCUCCUUCUACAUCACCAUCAUGGCCCAGGCAAGCCUUCUGUAUCCUCUUCUUCUCUGUUUAGCGAGAGAGAGAGAGAGAGUUCGAAGACUGAAACGAGAGCCUAUAUGGGUUCUUGCAGAUAGAGGAGGACUGCUCCAUGACUGCGAACGAGCUCGUGAAGCAUCUCAACUCGGCGUACAGGCAGCUCAUUAGCUCUAAAUCAGGGCGCUCAAGCGUCCAACCGUGA